UUGGCACAUUAUACAGUAUGUUGCUAAUAUAGUUAAAUAAAUAGGGUUUUUCAUUAGUUCAUCUAUGUGCCUCGACUUACUUCCAUAAUUUGUAUUGCAUACUAUCAUAAGAUUUAAGCAUGCUAUCAUAAAUUAAAUAAUUUGUCGGUCACAUGAGUUGUGUCGGGUAAACAUUGACUUUAUUAUCUUAUAGAAAAUGAAUAGUAUAUGCUUGACUAAUUAAUAUAGAUGCUUAAUGCCACUUACUUUCAUAAUUCGUCUUGCAUACAUCCCUUAGAUGUUCUUAUGAGUUAUACGACUUAUGAUGAGUAAUGGAGUAAGCAAUUUAACUUAAAUGAAGAAGACUUUUAAUUAGUAAGUCACAUAAAUUAAGUCUACUAACUAAGCAAUUUAACAAAACUGAAGAAAGUCACAUAAAGAACUAAGCAAUUUUACAUAAUGACUUUGUAGGUCACAUUAAAAAAGACUUAGUGAGCGACAAAAGUUGUGUAGUUAUUUAGCGUAAACGUUCGAGAAGAGGGGGAUAUAAUUCUCCCUCCUCUCUCGUACCACAGCCACACCCAAAAUUUAAAGCUUUUUUUAACCAGUAGAAAGAUUACAAAGAGAAAAUGGAAACUAAUGUCUUGUUAAUAAAUUUGGUAUUGGUAGUAGGAUCAUCUCUCUUGCAUCCAGGAGUUUGCUCUCCUUCUUACAGUUUCCCGGCGAUAUUCAACUUCGGCGACUCUAAUUCCGACACAGGCGGACUCUCCGCCGCAUUUGGACAAGCCCCUUUCCCAAAUGGCCAAACCUUCUUCCACUCCCCUUCUGGUCGUUUCUCUGAUGGUCGACUCAUCAUUGACUUCAUAGCGGAGGAGUUAGGGUUACCAUACCUAAAUGCUUUCUUGGACUCCAUGGGUUCAAAUUUCAGCCAUGGUGCUAAUUUCGCCACCGCUGGAUCCACCGUCCGGCCACCGAACACCACCAUUUCUCAGGGCGGUGCGAGUCCCAUCUCUCUCGACGUUCAGUUGGUUCAAUUCUCUGAUUUCCUCACACGUUCACAACUCAUUCGCAACCAAGGUGGAGUGUUUAAGCAACUACUUCCGAGAAAAGAGUACUUCUCUGAAGCAUUGUACACAUUUGACAUCGGUCAGAACGAUCUCACUGCUGGAUUAAAACUCAACAUGACUACAGAGCAAAUCAAGGCUUAUAUUCCAGAAGUUCUUGAUCAAUUCUCCAACGCCAUUCGUAAAGUGUAUAGUAAAGGAGGAAGAAGAUUCUGGAUACACAACACAGCUCCUCUUGGUUGUUUACCUUAUGUUUUAGACAGGUUUCCAGUACCUGCUUCUCAAAUCGACAUUCACGGUUGUGCGAUUCCGCGUAAUGAGAUUGCUCGGUUUUAUAACUCUGAACUCAAAAGAAGAGUGAUUGGAUUAAGAAAAGAGCUUUCUAAAGCUGCAUUUACUUAUGUUGAUGUCUACUCUAUCAAGCUCACUCUCAUCACUCAAGCCAAGAAACUCGGUUUUAGAUAUCCGUUGAUAGCUUGUUGUGGACAUGGUGGGAAGUACAAUUUCAGCAAUAAUAUAAGAUGUGGAGCUAAAGUUAUGGUGAAAGGGAAAGAGGUCGUGCUUGCUAAGUCUUGUAACGACGUGUCGUUUAGAGUUAGCUGGGACGGCAUACAUUUCACUGAAACGGCAAACAAAUGGAUCUUUCAGCAAAUAAACAGCGGGGCGUUUUCGGAUCCUUCUCUUCCCGUUAAGUUUGCCUGCACUACUAGAUAAAAGAAAAAUCAUAUGACCAAAGUGUCCCUUGUGGAUGGGGACUAAUAAAAGCUAUUGCCUAUUUGGAAUAUUUGUUUUUGGGUCAAAUUGUAAGAAAAUUCUCAUGAAAAUGAAAUUGCAACUACCUGUCA